UCCGACCCGCACCGCGCCGCUCCGCGCUCCCGCCUCGCCUCCUCUCGCCCCGCCGCCUCACCGCGGCCACCGCCGCAGCCAAGACGCCGCGGGCCGUGCUCCGAGUGAAGAAUGGGGCGGCGAAGCUGGCCAAGCCGCCGCCGGCGGCCGGCGAGACCCCCGGCGGCGCUCCCGGACCCGGGCUCUUCAUGGAGCGGUCGCAGAGCCGCCUCAGCCUGUCCGCCUCCUUCGAGGCCCUGGCCAUCUACUUCCCCUGCAUGAACAGCUUCGACGAGGAGGACGCGGAUGGGGAUGGUCGAAGACUCAAAGGAGCCAUCCAGAGGAGCACAGAAACUGGGCUGGCUGUUGAAAUGCCCAGCCGGACCGUCCGUCAAGCCAGCCAUGAGUCCAUUGAGGACAGCAUGAACAGCUAUGGAUCGGAGGGAAACUUGAAUUUCAGUGGAGUCCAUCUGGCAUCUGCUGGGCAGUUUAGUGACUUCCUGGGCAGCAUGGGCCCUGCACAGUUUGUUGGGCGUCAGACCUUGGCCACCACCUCGAUGGGGGAUGUGGAAAUUGGCUUGCAAGAGCGAAACGGGCAGCUAGAAGUGGAUAUCAUUCAGGCUCGAGGACUGACACCAAAACCCGGCUCCAAAACACUGCCAGCUGCUUACAUCAAAGCUUACCUGCUAGAGAAUGGCGUGUGCAUUGCGAAAAAGAAGACAAAAGUGGCUCGCAAAUCAUUAGACCCUUUGUACAAUCAGGUGUUACUGUUUGCUGAGAGCCCCCAGGGCAAAGUAUUACAGGUGAUAGUCUGGGGAAACUAUGGAAGGAUGGAGCGCAAGCACUUCAUGGGAGUCGCCAGGGUCCUCCUGGAAGAACUGGAUUUGUCAACUUUAGCAAUUGGCUGGUACAAGCUUUUCCCAACCUCCUCGAUGGUAGAUCCCACUACAGGCCCGCUCCUGCGUCAGUCCUCACAGCUUUCCCUGGAGAGCACAGUGGGACCCUGCUGUGACAGGUCUUAGUGAGUAAGCAAGGGGGAACUGCUUUUGUUUUUUAAACAUGCUGUCAAGGUUUUGUUUGCUGGAACUCUGACCUCAAGCGCAAUGCAUGUUCAAUCAGUUCUUGUGGAGCUGGAAGAGGAGGAUAAACCAGUGACCUUAGACAGAAGACAAGGGGGAGGGCGCUGUGCCCUCUCCAUCCGAGGAGGAGGUGCCGUGGGGCAUGAGUCCUAGUUGUCAAAUUAGACAUACACCUCUUGUUUCACUUCUCUCGCUGUCAUUCUUGGACCCUUGUUUCAGAUCAGUAUUAACCCUGGAAAGUUGCAGCAUUUGGAAGAAUUUGGGGGAGUAAGGAAGGAAUUUUUCUUAACUGUGCAUCUUAGAAAUUUCUAAUACAGAUUCUUUCAUGAGAAGGUACCUGAAAAAUUCAGAGGCCAGUAUCUGACCUGAAAGAGCAGGAGCAGAAAGUUUAAGAGGAAGCAUUAGGGUUUUUAUAAGGUCUUUCUUCUUGAAAGGAAGAAAAGAAAGAAACCUGCAACUCUUUCUUUAGAAUCAGUUCCCUAUCACUGAGUCAUGUUAACUGUAACACUGUCAUUGCUGUGUUUCCAAACUGUGCCAAAUUACCAGCAAGUGUCUUUACUGCAUUACUUGUCUAACACUGCUGAUGAAGCAUACUUGGUGGGAGAAUAAGUAGCGCCUACUUAGACCAGACAGUCUGAACAGAGUUUGAGUUGAGCAGGCUAAUUAACUGCAAUUUUGCUCAGAAAAAAAGCCCUUAGAAGUGGGAGCUGAACAUCAGACUUGCAGCUUGAGAUAUGUUUUGUAUUGUCAGAUACAAUGUUCUGCAAUUUACUGACUCCCUUACUUGUUGCUGUGCAUCCUUCAGUCACGAUGUCUUCUAUCUCCUGCUUUUCUUCCAUCUCCUUUGUGGUGGUACAUAUCUGCUGGAGAUGCCACCCUUCCUGUUGUGCUGUGGACUGACCUGAAACAGGACUGUUUUAUUCUGCCAUGGGAGAGGAGAUUGAGGUUUCUGUGGGUGCAGAAGAAAGAAACCUCAGCUUGUCAUCUGACAAAAAGGUGCUGGAGAGCACAUAACCUUCCUUGAGGAGAGAGGUGCUUUAGGCAGUCUUGGUAGUACACAAACAGUGUCAAGUGUUCUGCAAGAGGAGAUGCAAUCCCCAAAGUAUGGAGAGGUGGUAGGUGAGGAAGCUGAAGAUGCAGUGGUCACAGCAUGUAUAUUUUGUUCAUUGAAGUGCAACACUAGCUGUAAACAAGUCUUGUAGGUUAAGCCAGCAACACAUGUUCUCUGAGCUGCUGAGCUGUGGUCAGCAGUCACGUGCUGGAGUAAGCGCGCUGGAUCCUUCAGACAAUUAAAAUCAUCUUAUCCACAAACCACAGAGAAUCUCCAGAGAUUUUCUGUUGAAUGACCUGUUUUGGCUAGGUUUUGUCUUAGUUCCUAAUGAGGAUUUGAGGACUGCUGUCUCAGCUUUUGGAGAUGUUUUACUUUGUGAUUUAAAAGUGAAGGUCCCAUGUCACGUUUAGGGAUGAGCAGAUUCUCAGCCUGUCGUAGGGGCACACUGAACAUUUAUUUCUGCAUGUGGACCUCAGCUUCGUUAGAAUAAAAGCAUGAGUGUUGAGUGGAUGGUAAAAGCAGUUGCUUUUGGUCCUAGCUUGUCUAUGGCAUUUUAAAUUAUUUUGAGAUAAAUUACAGGAUAGAUGCAAAAAUAAUAGGCCUUACAGUAAUCUCUGUAAAAAACUACAUAAUAUAAAGGAGAGGGAAGGAGAAUGAGGGACAUAGAAUGAAUAGGUUUUUUUAGUCUUCAGUGGUAAAAGCCUCAACAUUUCAGAUAAAUCUCUUAAUUUCCUUGAUCAAAUAUGUCUCUGGCCUCUCACUAAUUAUUUUUUCUAAUCGUAUUAGACAAUUUCUAUAUAUUAGCUGAAGAAAGUUUGUUGCAUGCUGGUCAAACUAUGUUGUGGCUCUCUCUUUCAGUUUUCUUUCUGAGAAAAAAGCACAUUUACUGUAAUUCAAGUCAGCAUCUUUUCCUCUUGGUAUGUAGUGAGUACUAGGCAAUAUUGUACAAUAUGUGUAUGAACUAGAAUAGAUUAGGUAGAUUUAGUGGUUUGUAGCACUGGAUCUUUUAAUAACUAUGUCUUUAAAAGGACUUUGGGGAGCUCCAGGUAUAUGCCAGACCUGGCAGCUGAGUAACAGGGCUUUUGUCUUAAGUUAUGCUGAAAACUUUAUAUUGGUACUUAGUUUGGACAUUAUCUACCAAUAAUAGCUAGUUAAUCAUGGUUUUCCUGUGUCCAGUAAGAUGAAUACAAUGUUUUUGCAGUCUUUAAUACGGAGUAGGAGACUAUAUAUGCCAAAAACAUUCCCCUAGAAAACUUUAAUGACUGUUUGAAAAGCUCAGUUGCUGUACGCCUGGCAAAUGUGACAUGUCUCUAUAUCCUACCCCUCCAAAAGCUCUGCAAGCUCAGUGACGAUCAGUUUAGUUACAAUAGGACUACUUAACACUGAGGACUAUUUUCCGAAUGGUUUUAAUCAUGCUAAAAUGUCACUGUCAGGGUAGGAAAAAACCAAAACCAAGUUACAGUUCCACUUGUGUUAUUUUUGUCAGCGUCUCAGAUUCUGACAUUUGGAGGCAGUUUUAAGAGUCUGCUCCGUCCUGUUUUCUUCUGCAUUUUUUACAUGGUUGAUUGUAGUCCAGUGGUUCUCGCUUUUGUUUCUACUCACUUCCAAGUCCUGUUUCUCCCCAGUAAGAGAACGUUGCAACCCCUGGCUGCCACACACAGCACAGUCACAUGAACUGGCAAGUGCAGUUGAUCUUCCUUCGUGCAGCAGACUUACAGGAGCCCCUCUGAGAGCACCCACAGGGCGCAGAGUGAGGCCAGAAGGGUUGCACGGUACCCUGCAGCCUAGAUCCUUGCUUCACUCGCACCCAUGAUUCCUUCACUGACCAUGAUAUAUUACAGUUAAAACAAAUGUCUAGUUAUCUGUCAAUUUAAGACACUCAGUAUCACAUCCAAGGCAAGUCUUAGGCUUGGAAUAACUGAUUUUUAUAAAGCCUAACCUUUUUUUUCCCCAAAAAAUUUGACUUGCCAGUUUAUCUAAGGUGAUGUGAUAUGACAGUUGGGAUUGCCAGUAUGGUCAUGUAAAAAGUAGCAGUUUGCUAGAAUGACGAGGAGGUGAAAACUGAGUUUUGGUCCCCUUUGCAAGUCCUGAAGGAGUUUUAACUGUGUCUGAGGGAAGCUGUUAUAGUCAAGUAGGGGGAGGGAGAAAAACAGACUUUAAAAAGGAAAAAGAGGUAUCGUAGUACUUCUGUGAGCGAUGAUGAGGGGUGCGAUUGAGGAGGAAUAGAUAAUAAACACCUGCCCAGCUCAGGGUUGAUUCCCCAUUCCUUGUGCAUGGAAUAUUGCAUUCUAAUAGUAAUGGGAGGAUUGCUUGUCAAAAGAGAAAGUGGAGAACUGGUUCCUAAAUGUUACCGACAUUACUAUUACCAUGAAAAACAAGGGAAUGCUGGAGCUGGGAGCAGAAUGAUCUCUCCACAGCGGGAAUCCCCUGCACACAGGGAGCGCAGCCUCGCACUUGGCUUUGUUCUCUUUGUGGUCUGAGCAAAACGCAGCUGUGACCGCGGAUAUAGACCUGGGUUGUCCAGGAAAAAGAUGUGAUACUUUCCCAGUCUGCUGGUGUUGCUUUCCCUUUGCCCCAGCACAGCUGGGAUGUCACAGAGCCAACACAAGGUCCUCACUCUGUGAUUCAAUCCGUGGGUCCUCAUCCCACAGCCGAAGCUGCGUGGGCAGGCUGGAGCAUCCCUUUGGCACUGGCCAUGGGUGUUUGUGUCCAUGGGCAGGGUAAGGGCCAGGUGACUUUAUUGUUUAGCCAAGUACAUCCCCACUUCUUGGCCAUGGAUUGUUCCAAAGGACACUGCAGAAUUAUUUGCUUUGAAUGAAAAUCUCUAUUUAUUGUUUCUAGCUACCAGAUCCUUUAUCAAUGUACUGUUCUAAAUUUGCAGGUCUUCUGGAGUAUGAAUAUCACAAGUUCCUGUAAAGGAGCUGUUUUUAAGAUGUUGAGGCAGUUAACAGAAUCUCAACCUAAGCAUGUUUAGUAAUGUUUAGACAGCAAGACAACUUUUUUAUGAGACUCAUUUUAAGUUAGUUUAUUACAUGCUGGUUUAAAACAGGGAAAAUAUUUUUCUUUAAAGACAAGAUGAUGUAUGUUUUUUAACAGAUAAUUUAGUGUUUUCAAAACUGUUUAGUGUUCUGGGUAUGAUGUUUACUCAUUCUUUUGAUUUCUAUGUUCCUUGUUCUAUUUUAUCAACUUUUUUUCCACAAGAAAAGAGGCAUAUGUAAAUAAACACCAGAAAAGAGUCCUAUAGGAAAUUCUGUUCAAACUGGCCAUAGAAUUAUUAGUAAAGAUCUGUUAUUGUUCAUUAACUCUCAGCUACUAUUCAAGCCUUUGUUGAAAGAAUCGAUGUUGUAUUUUCAAGAUGAGAACUACUUAGCUAGUUUUGUCAUAAUCCUGUACUCUGUAUAAAAAUCUUUUUAUAAAGAAAGUCUAAUAGGCUAACAAGCAAUAAUAUAUUCCAUUUGGUGUGCACAGAUUGUGACUUGCAGGCUGUAGUACAUAUUGUUGAUACAGUUUAUAAUUGUCUUCAAUCUCAGUGGCAUCACUUUUGAAAAAGUUCCAUAUUAACUUUGAUUGUAAAAAAAAAGAAACCAACAAAGACUGGGCUGAUGCCUUGUGAGAUAUAUUCAUCCUAUAGACUUCUCUGUGAGUAUAUGUGCCCAUGGACAUGAAAUCUCUCUUAGGUGAAGAAUGAAACAGCUGUAGGUGACUCCAUACUACAGAGCUAAGAUAUAGUUUCAAUAUAAACUUCAUGACUGUUUUGAUCUCCCUGUUUUUCUUAGGCUAUCUAGUAUUUGUAACAAAAUGAGAAUGGUUCCCACUGCCACUGUAGCCCUGAUAAAGCAAAAAAGCCUCUGGGGCCACAUGAGUUCUGCCUGACAGCUGCCAAUUUUCCUCGAGGUGCCAGGGGCAAGCUAAAGGGAGGGUUUUUUUCUCAAAGCAGCGGAUUGAGCUGCUCUUCUUUAAAGGCUUUGUGGGUUAUUUUGUCCAUUUCAUAGGUGGUAUUUGUCCAUUUUGUUAGGAUAUUCCACCCAAGGCAGAGGGAUCGCACCUUCGCAGAGCAUCACGGGGCCCAGCAUGUAGAACAGGAAGAGGCUGGUCUGUGCCAUUCUUCAGGAGUCAGCUAAUGCUGGGCUCAUCUAAAGAUUUUUCCAAAGUGGCAGGAUCAGGAUAUUGGAUUUUAAGUCAGCUCUAUCGUUGAUGUGGUGCAGAAAAUAAACCAGCUUCAGAGCAGCA